UUUCAAUCUUAAAUUUAUAUUUUUAUGUCUAGAUCUUAAGUUAUUAAACAGUUUAAUAUGUUAAUAUUCUAAAAUAUGUGAUUAAAAGACUUAUUAUAUAGUUUUGGACGAACGAAACCGGGUGCAUACCCUAGAAUCUCUAAAAGAAUUCAUAAAACCUUGAAAAUUUAGUGUUUUAUUUUCAGUUAUAAAACGAGUAACAUGAAAUGAAAAUCAUUUAUGAUAAUUGAAUUGAACAAGUAUAAUAAGUUUAAAGCAGAGCUAAACCAUCAUGAAUGUGGGGGCAUUUGGCGAAAGGGAAGUAGCCCUCAUAGCUGAUGAGCUGAGCAAUGCUGUUGAGUUGACUCUUAAUCCUACAGUGGCACAUGAAGCUAGGAAACAAGCUUAUACUGCAUGUGAGAGUUUCAAAGACAAUUCACCAUGGUGUGCCCAGGCGGGCUUACUACUAGCCAGUGGUGCCCAUUACUCACCAGUGGUGAAGCAUUUUGGAUUGCAGUUGAUGGAACACACAGUCAAGUACAGAUGGACACAUAUAAGUCAGGCUGAGAAAUUAUUUAUUAAGGAAAAUGCCAUGAAACUUUUAAACAUGGGUGGCUGGGAAACGGGACACUUGAAUGAUGCAUUGGCACGAGUGAUUGUUGAGAUGAUAAAACGUGAGUGGCCUCAGCAAUGGUCUACUUUACUUGCUGAGCUAAGUGAUGCAUGUAGCAGAGGACAUCAACACACACAGAUUGUCCUUCAUGUAUUCUUGAGAUUAGUGGAGGAUGUUGCUACUUUGCAGACAUUAGAACAACACCAGCGACGCAAGGAUAUAUACCAGGCUCUCACAAGCAACAUGGCUGAGAUAUUUUCUUUCUUCAUGCGCCUCAUUGAGCUGCACGUUCAGGAGUUCAGAGAGAAGACUGCAGCUGGGGAUUAUGCUGGAGCAGCUAGUAAUGGUAGAGUUGUGCAGGUGGUAUUACUCACACUGACAGGAUUUGUGGAGUGGGUAUCGACCAAUCAUGUGGUGACCAACAAUGGAAGACUGUUAGAGAUCCUUUGCAUCCUGCUCAGUGAUGAAGCAUUUCAACUGCCUGCUGCGGAAUGUUUACUGCAGAUUGUUAAUAGGAAAGGCUCUACAAAGGAGCGCAAACCUUUGAUGAUAUUAUUCAGUGAGAACGCGAUCUCUUACAUACACCGUGCGGCUCUGCAGAGCAUCAGCGCGAUCGAUGAACCUCAUUACUUGUUCCUAAAGAAACUCUCACUGGUUCUUGCGGGACUAGCUCAGCAACUGACUUCGCUGUGGAACUGCGGCGCUACCAACACUGAAACUUGGCUACCGCUACUUCUGGAAACCAUGCUGCUACUCACAUCGCAUCCAUCGUUGACAUUGGCGCACACGGCCAACUCUGUGUGGUUGGCCUUUCUAAAGCACGAGCACAUUUCUAAGUUGCACGAAGUGUUGGCCGUAGUGCCACGUUGGCUCCAAGCUGCAGCGCCCAAGAUUCUUAAAGUAACGUAUCCGUCUUCGCGUGUGAGCGGCGUUAAUGAUGCUGUGUCUUACGCCUGCAUGGACUAUGACAGCGAACAGGAGUUUGCUAUAUUCUUCAGCCGCUGCAAAACUGAGACAUUAGAAAGCUUUAGGUAUUGUAUGAUAGCAGCUCCCCUCGUGACGUGGGCUUAUGUGGAACAAUGGACACAUACAGCACUGGACAAAGUGGACUCUUGCCCGCUACAGUUGGAUGUCACACACCCACUGCACGUUGAGUGGGAGGCUUUAGCUCAGGUCCUGGACGUAGUGUUAUCGCGCUUGCUCCAAGCGGAGCCCCGGCCCAACGUAGCAGAGGGCUUACGGCUGUUGCAGCGGUGUGUGGCCAGUGAGCCCCGGGCUCCGUUGAUACUAUCGCUGUUGUUAUCCUUCAUCUCCGCGCUGUUUGUUUUCCUCAGCUGUGCUUACAGCCAACUUGCAGGUCCAGGCGUAGGCUCAGCGGGCGCGGAACUAUUGCCGCGCGUUUUGGACAAAAUCUUCGCGGCGCUCGUGUACGAAGGCACGCCCCCCGAAGACCGCAGCUCGCGGAACGUGAAGAAUGUACGCAGGCACGGUGCGGGACUACUCGUCAAGUUAGGCUCUAAAUACCCCCUGCUUUUAUUGCCUGUGUUCGGGCGCCUACACGAGCUGUGUCUGAACACGCUCGCACGCCCUGACCUCAGUGCCUUGGAGAGUGUCACACUGCAGGAAGCGUUGCUGCUAGUUUCCAACCACUUCUGUUGCUACGAGAGGCAAAGCGCGCUCGUCGCCCAGGUCCUAGGUGACUGCAGAGAGCGUUGGGCCGCUCUCAGUCCGCACUUACAGUCGGCGGCAGGGUUGGCCCGUCUCCUUGGGCUGGAUGCUCCACCAAAUGAAGAUGACCCCGAAAGGGCACAAGCGAGACGAACUUUACUCCACGCCCUUACCCUCACUUUGGGUGUGGUGAAACGUACGCAGGUGCCUGCUGAUCCCGAUAAAGCUUCACGUGGUGGGUUCAGCGCAGGCGUGACGCCAUCUGGCAACCCAGUAUGGAGGAACCCGUGCGGUGCGCACGUGUUGCCACUGUUCCCCGCUGCGUUAUCACUUGCGCGGGCCUUGCAUGAGCUACACUCGCCUCAAGCCGCCUCGUUGCGCUACCCGGCGCAUGCGCGUGCGUUACAACCGCCGCCCGCGGAGAGAAGGAACCUACUGGGGUUGAGGGACGAAGCGCCGCCCGCACCCAUGGCCACCCCACAGGACCGCAUGCAGAAUCUGUUGCAUACGUUGCAUGAAAACGUGUGCGGUUUAGUUGGAGCCGCGGCGGCCUCGCUCGGUCGUGAGCUGUUCGGCGUGGCAAACCUCGCUCAUGCACUCGCGGUGUCCCUCCUAGCGGCCCCUGAGAAGCUGCCUGACCACUGGCUGCGACGUGUGCUCCGGUCAGCGCUGCGUCCGCUAAUGCUGCACUGCCCGCCCGCACAUUACGCAGACGUUGCGUUGCCGCUAAUGCGGCACCUCGCUCCUAUCAUGCUCGUUCACUUGAACCACCGCUGGGAAUAUGUGACGUCACUGUACGAAUCUGGCAAGUUAGAGGAGGAAGGUGGCAGCGAGUCUCAGGAAGUUCUGGAGGAUAUGCUGGUCAGACACCUUACGAGGGAGCAUCUGGAUUUAUUGAAGGUAUCUCUCGUAGAAGGAGGUGUGAGCACGGAGCCAUCCACCGACAUGGAGGAAGAAACCCCGCCCGCCAACCCGGGCCGAGCGCCGGAACAAGUGUCUGAACUAGGCGCCAUCAUACUUGCUGAUCCCAUUGCUGGGCCAGCUGUGUUACAUACUAUUCUGCGUGCACUAACCUGGAACGACUCCACGUCGUCCCUACGCGCGUGUGCGUUGGCCCUGCCAGCGUUACGAGCGGCGAUCUCUGCCCACGAGGCCGGUGGCGCGACGUUAGGCGCGGGCGAGGCCGCUGGCGCGUUGGCAGCUGUGCUACACGCGCUGCGAUUACACGGUCAGCAUGAGGCUAACCAGGCAGCUUUGUUGGCGCUUGCUGUGCAGGUGUACGAGGCGCUACGGCCGCGGUUCCCUAACGUGGCGUCCGUGUUGCGCGCCAUACCGGACGUUGACGCACACGACCUGCAAAGGUUGGACGAAAAGCUGGCCGCCAAUACAAACAAGCCCGCCAAGAUUGACAAGAGCAAGCGUGACCUUUUCAAAAAGAUCACCUCGAGGUUGAUCGGACGAAACGUAGGCCAGCUGUUCAAAAAAGAAGUGUUCGUACUGAACUUGCCAGCUAUGCAGACGGCGCAGAAGGACAAGCCACGCAGCGCGUUGGACACGGCCGAGGGCGCCGGACUAGAGCACCUUUUCAAUCCCAAUGUGCCCACAUAGCGGCGAUGAGGCCUAUCGUACUAGUUAUUAAAUUAAAUAAUGAAUUAUUUAGAUACCUUCGUCCGUUAUACUAUUCUUCUAUUUAAGAGGUAGGCUUAAAUGGGCAGGAGACAUUUUUUCCGGGAAAAGCAUAAAAUUGUAUCUUUCCCCACAGCUUUAUCAACUCUUCGAGUAUUGGCACAAGAGUGGAAAUAGUAUCCAAGUAAUAAAAGUGUAAUAAUGAACUAGGGGGUAAACUUCUACUAUUCCCUUAUUACCUAGCUUUAGAAAGUGGACACGUUAAUUUUAUCUCAGGGGAUAUAAUGAGACAUAACUUUUGUUUCUUGCCUUGUACCAGCCGUGCCAGGACCCCGCAAAUUUUUGACUUGAUAGUCAAGUUAGGCUGUUUAUGGAUCGUCCAUUAAUAACGAAAUAUCACAAAUCUGUACCAAAUCAGCUCGUUAUUUAAUUUUAAAAAUACAUUCAUUGUUAUUGUAUUAUUAUUGUAUGGUGUUUUUAAGUUUAUUUUAUACA